UUUUCUUCAGCCCUGGACCCUUUCACUGCUUCUACGAACGUGUUUUGUGACGGUCUGCGCUGCCUCGUAGCUUCGCGUGGCCUCGGUGCGCCGCGGCGGCAAGCAUCACUCACAACAUUCGCUAUGGCCGCACCUUGGCUAGCCGUCCUUGUUGCUCUCGUAUGGGCUGCGAGCUGCGAGGCACAAGAGACCGUGUGGUUGAACCUGCCGAACAUGACCGUGCCUCUGGGCGAAGUUGCCUCUGGGCUCUUGGAGGACGCAGCAGGCCACCCACUUCUGCUGGUAAUCGGGCGCUACAGCGGCGGUCCUCAUCCCUACAACCCGCAGACCCUGUUGCUCAACCUGUCUAGCAACACUUGGCACCGGGGAAAGGACCGGCUGUACGUAGGCGACCACCACACGGCAGAUGUGGUGGCCAACAGGCUCUACGUGGCUGGCGGCUUCUCCGACAGCGCUAAUGGCAAGCUGCAGAUCUAUGACCCACUCACCGACACGUGGACCCUGGGAGCGCCGCCACCCGUGAACAGUGGUGCCGCCGCUAGCGCCGUCAUUGGCCGCUCAAUUUACUAUUGCGGGGGCGUGAGCAACGGCAACCAGCAGAACGGGCCCCCAACCCGCGCCUGCGCUCGGUACGACGUGGACUCGGGCACGUGGGCCAACAUGAGCCCCAUGCCGUACGCUGUGCACCACGCCUCCGGCGGCAGCGAUGGCCAGCGCUACUUCUACGUGUUUGGUGGCCGCACCAGCAGCGGCAACACGCCGUUCGGGCCGGUGGGCUACACACAGCUGUACGACACAACCACCGACGAAUGGCGCUCGGACUUGCCGGACAUGCCGGUCGGCCGCGGCGGCAUGGGCCCUGCUAUCCUGCUGGAUGGCCGCUUUCACAUCUUCAGUGGGGAGGUCAGGUGCGGUUCGCCCGGCAUAGUGUGCCCUGACACCGCCACCGGCCUUACCUCCACAGGCGUGUACACCCGCAUUGACAGGUACGACCCUACGUCCAGGGUUUGGGAUUUGGCGCCUCCCCCUGGCAUCGCGGUGCCGCGCCACGGCAUCUACCCAGUGCUGGGCCUUGCGCCGCCCACUCAGCCAGAGCUUAGCAGCAGGAAGGUCGCGUACGUGUGUAGCGGCGGCACACAGGAGGGAUGGUCACCCACCACCUUGUGCGACUACAUGCUUGGGGAGCCUGUAGGCACUUCCACGUCGCCCCUGCCCCCUCUACCUUCGUCGGCGCCGCCACUCGACUUCCGCUCUGGCUCCGCUGGCAGCGGGGCGGCAGCGCCCCUGACCCCCAAGCCAAGCCUCCCGGCAGAGGGCUUCCCAGCUGUCUCAUCCCCUGUGACUCAACCAUUGUUGGGGGGCUUUGGCACUGGCCUGCUUGGGAGUGGGAACCCUCACGAAGCAGCCAGUCCGCCGCCUUCCCCACAAGCAAAUGAUGCGUCAAACCCGACCACGGGCUCUCUGGGAGGCAACGCUGUCAAGGCAAUCCAUGCGGCGUGGCCUUGGCUGCUGGUUACUGCAGUCAUGGUGGUUACAACGAUGCUGUUCUAGCUGGUUCUAGCACCUGCAAAAUUGGAGUCGAUACCAGAGGGUGCCAGUGUAAGGCGGCACAUACAUAUGCACGCCAACACCAUGUACUGGGUUGAGCUGAACUAGUGUGUUCUGGGGCGAGGCGUCGUGGUGGAAAGGCUCAAAAUGGACAUGAUCCCAGGACUUCGAUAACAGCAUGCACGUGGUGGAUGGCACGUAACUCCCCAUUUGCAGAAGCGAGUAUGCGCUCCCACUGGACAGUUGGUAGAAUUAAAGGAACGAAUGGCUUGCGGUGUAUGGUGCGUGUGUUCUUGGCCGCCUGCAGAAGCAUUUUGCGCCGGGCUAAUGGUGUCAGUGUGGGGUAACGCAGGCAGCCGCUAGGUUGUAACAUUGCAUCUGUGCCCUCUAAGAAACCCACGACCGUCUUGGCAUGAGAACUCGUACAAUGCAUUCGUUUUACGUAGUCCGGGCCUCCCAAACUCUUGCAAUGCUGCAGGUACAGCCCAGCCUCCCGCACCUGGGAUCUGGCACCAGCACCCGGCAUGGCCGAGCCUCGCCACGGCAUCUACCCAGCUCUGGGCCCUGCACCGCCAUCUAACACAGCGCUUAGCAGCAGGCAGGCUGUGUACGUGUGCAGUGGUGGCACGCGGGAGGGAUGGUCGCCCACCACUUGGUGCCACGCCAUGUUGGGACCCCAGCAAUCCAACUCCAGGCCCGCAACGCCUGUCAUUGGGCUCCGUGCUGGCAGGUCGGCGAAGCGGCGGAAGGCAGGCCGAGGCGUUUCAUUGGCAGCGAGGCUGGGUCUGGGGGCGCUCGCAAGAUCCGAAGCCAUGCACGUGCCGCCGAAGUGGUGCCUGCGGUGGCGCUGCCGCAAGGCCGGCAGGCGGCAUGCGCAAGUGCCCUUUGCGGCUUCUGAUCUGCAGUGCUUUUGCGAUAUAGUCCGGUGACAUGUCAUCGGCGUGCAUAUAUAACGCGAAGAACGCGGUGCAAACUGUCGGUUUCCACCGCCCCUGAUAAACAACGGGACCAAGCAAGGUCGAAUGUGGGAGGAAUCCCCUUGCAGCUUCAGCGUUCUUGGUUAGGUUGCAUGUACUUCAGGCAACGACAUGCACGUCGUUAGUUGUGACAAUUGUAACAGCUGGAGCCC